UAAGCGGCACCGCAUUGAUAUUCCCGAGAUUGUUUUGAGAGCCUACCUCCGAGAGUGGAGGCGUUGCCGUGGACCGGGGGUGUUUCGUCUCCUCUCGGCAAACAUGCAUCCGUUUGCAAUCCGAUAACGAUAUCCCAGCUAUCCCACCGUUAUUCGAUGGCGGACCCCUCCUCCGACGAUCUCGACCAACUCCCUGACAGCGCUUUGGACGACUUCACCAAGCUCGACCUUACUCCCUCUCAAAAGAGCGGUGGUGUUGGAGAUGGGAAAGGAGGAGGAGGAGGUGGGGGAGAGGGAAGGGCUUCUAUGCCCCCUUCGUCUUCGGUGCAGGGAUUGGGAAUAGGGUUGCCGGACCUGAAGGCGAGGAGGAAGGGGAAGCAGAGGGCUCCUCCCAAGGGAUCCCACGCCUCCGAGGCGCUCGAGAAAUUGACUCAGCAAACUCGCGAGGCCGUACGGGGGCUGGAGUCGGCCACCGCCGCGGCCCCGAGAGGCGAGGGUGAUUUGGAUAAGGAGUCCAUGGUUGAGGACUUUGUCAAGCAGUUCGAGGAGCUCGCUGGAUCCCAGGACAUGGAAUCUAUUGUUGAAACUAUGAUGCAACAACUUUUGUCUAAGGAGAUUCUCCAUGAACCUAUGAAGGUUGGACAAAGAUAUCCAAAGUGGUUGGAGGAGCACAAAAGUAGAUUGACCCAGGAAGAAUAUGAUCGCUAUCAUUGCCAAUAUGAACUCAUAGUAAUGCUGAAUGAUGUUUAUGAAAAUGAGCCUGACAAUUUCUCUAAGAUUGUUGAUCUCAUGCAGAAAACGCAGGAAUGUGGCCAACCUCCCAAUGAUAUUGUUCAAGAGCUUGCUCCUGAUCUUGACCUAAACAAUCUGGGCCAAAUAUCCCCUGAGCUGCUGGAGUCUACAUCCAAUUGUUGUAUAAUGUAAAUUGGGCAUUGUCUCUCAGUUUAGCAAACUUUUUGCUCUUCUUUCUUCCUUCCGAAUGUCGAAAAAUUUUAUCAGAGUGCAGUCUAAUUAAUUAUGUUAAUACUUCAAGUUUGUAAUCUUUUUGGGGUCCGUAAUGCUCCAUUUGGGUUGCUUGCUAUAUUGUAACACUUAGACAAAACAUUGAAAAAUAGCUCGAGAUCCAAUUGUGGGACUGAUUCAGAACUAA